AUGUCAGGAGUGUUACAGAAACUAUUAUUUUUGAGAGAUUGUAAGCUGAGUACAUCACUUGACAAAGAGGAAUCGGAUGGCUUAUUCAAACAGCUACAGAGCCGUGAAGAGUUUAUCUCGGUGCUUGAAAAUUCAGGUUUGAACAUCGAUUGUGUCUUAGCUACAUUAACAUCCUUCCCUGUUCUAUACAUCAGGCAUAUACUCAUUCUCUGGGAAAUAUUUGAAACAACUAUUAGAUCAAAUCAACCUAAUAAAUUUCCACAUCCAGAGGAUAGAGGACCAAAGAAUAAUGGUAAUUGGAAUGGCAGUGCCAUUAGAAAGAUUAAAUCCUCCAAGCCAAGAAGAAGAAGUGUUAAAAAAUAA